AUGACCCGCAAUGAAAACACCAUCUCCGACGUGGAGGCGAUGGGAGAGAAGGCUGAUAUGUCUCACGAGGAAAUCGUGCACAUAGCAGGACUCACCCCAGAGGAGAAGAUUAUCGAGAAGAAGUUGCGCCGUCGCAUUGACACUCUUAUCAUGCCCCUCGUGGUUCUGGUCUAUCUUCUGAACUACAUUGAUCGAAACAAUUAUGCCUCCGCGAAACUUCAAGGUCUCACUGAAGAUCUCAAGUUAACCCCUACCCAAUACCAGACCGCCUUAUCUAUUUUAUUCGUUGCAUACAUCUUGAUGCAAGUACCGAGUAAUCUGAUGCUGAACUACGCGGGGCGUCCGUCACUGUAUUUGGGAUUCUUCGUCACCGCUUGGGGUCUAGUUUCGGCUCUCACUAGUCAGGUCAAGGGCUAUGGUUCAAUGGUAGCAUGCCGUUUUCUGCUCGGUUUUGUUGAGGCCCCAUUCUUCGCCGGUGUGCUCUUUUACCUCUCCAAAUGGUAUACUAGAGAGGAACUUGCGUUCCGUAUGAGCAUCUUCUACUCGGGAUCAUUGAUUAGCGGUGCCUUCGGCAACCUCAUUGCAGCUGGAAUCCUGAACGGUUUGAAGGGUGCACGCGGUAUGUCGGCGUGGCAAUGGCUCUAUAUCAUUGAGGGAUCGAUCACUGUUUUCGUCGGCUUAUUGAUCUGCUUCAUUCUCCCCGAUUUCCCAGAGACAUGGAAACUGCUCUCGGAGGAUGAGCGCAGAGUGGCUGCACGCCGUCUUGCGAUCGAUGCAGCAGAUGCGGACGUGGAUGAAGGCGGCUCUAUGAGCCAGCUGAAGGGCUUGAAGCUCGCCAUGACCGAUGUCAAGACUUACGCCCUUGCGCUUGGAUACAUGUGUAUCACGGGAACUGCGGGAUUCCAAAACUUCAUGCCCACCCUCACCGAGACCCUGCACUUCGACACAAUCAUCUCACUACUGCUCGUGGCGCCCCCUUAUGUGUUCAUGGUCUUCUGGAGUCUCGGUCAUGCUUGGAUUUCCGACCGUUUGAAGAUGCGGUUCUGGUUCUUCGUCUACCCCAUCCCUAUUACAAUCGUUGGCUUCGUGAUUUUCAUGACUGUUGAAGAGUUCGGGCCUCGCUACUUCUCGAUGUUUUUGAUGAUGUUCGUUUUCACCCAGAACAACACUCUUUACUCGUGGAUUGCAAGCUCUAUGCCCCGCCCGCCCGCGAAACGUGCUGCUGCCUAUGCAUUCAUCAACUCGAUCGGUAAUUCAGCGAGUAUCUGGACACCUUACACGUACCUGGAUACCGAGAAGCCAUAUUACCGAACUGCCAUGGGUGUUAACAUCGCCCUGCAAGGGGUCGGUGCCCUCGUGGGUAUCUUCAUGUAUUUCCACCUCCGGUCGCUCAACAAGCGACAGGAGCGGUUGGAAAAUGAGGAGGUCCAGCUUACAGAGAAGGAGCUCCGGCGCUUGCAGGUUACUGCCGACUUUGAGGGUAUUGACAUUGCAGCAGCCCGGCGUCUACAGAAGGGAUAUCGCUACAUGCUGUAG